AUGCUCAUUCGACCAUCGAGGAAGGAACUUGAGCAUUUCCAUCCAGAUUAUGUAGUUUACAAUGCGGGCUCGUUCCCCGCCAAUCGUUAUACCAGUGGAAUGAGCUCUUCUACAUCCGUUGCCAUCAAUUUCCAAGAAAAGGAGAUGGUCAUUCUAGGUACUGAAUAUGCUGGAGAAAUGAAAAAGGGCAUCUUCACUGUCCUAUUCUACGAAAUGCCGGUCAAGCAUAAUGUGUUGACUCUGCAUUCCUCGGCAAACCAGGGCAAGGAUGGUGAUGUGACAGUAUUCUUCGGGCUCUCUGGCACAGGCAAGACGACCCUCUCAGCAGACCACAACCGUGCGCUGAUUGGCGAUGACGAACAUUGCUGGAGCGAUACAGGCGUCUUCAAUAUUGAGGGCGGUUGCUACGCCAAAUGCAUCAAUCUCUCGGAAGAGAAGGAGCCCGAUAUCUUCCAUGCUAUCCGCUUUGGUUCCAUUCUAGAGAACGUCGUGUUUGACCCUGUUACAAGAGCCGUGGACUACGACGACUCGACAUUGACGGAAAACACUCGUUGUGCAUAUCCGAUAGAAUACAUUGAGAAUACCAAGAUCCCGUGCUUGACAGAUAGACACCCCACAAACAUCAUCCUCCUUACUUGUGAUGCUCGAGGCGUACUACCACCGAUAUCGAAACUGACUAGAGAACAAGUCAUGUUCCACUUCAUCUCAGGUUAUACGUCAAAGAUGGCUGGCACAGAGGAUGGUGUGACGGAGCCACAAGCCACCUUCUCGUCUUGCUUUGCCCAACCCUUCUUGGCGCUACAUCCCAUGCGGUAUGCAGAGAUGCUAGCAGAAAAGAUCGCGCAUCACAAUGCCAAUGCCUGGCUCUUGAAUACUGGAUGGGUCGGUGCUGGUGCUACCACGGGUGGCAAACGGUGCCCCCUCAAAUAUACACGUGCAAUCCUAGACUCAAUCCACUCCGGUGAACUCGCAAAAGCCGACUUUGAGACCUACGAAACAUUCAACUUGCCCGUCCCAAAGAAAUGCAGAGGCGUACCUGACGAAUUGCUGAACCCAGCGAGGUCUUGGCAUGGUCAUACGGAGUUCAAAGAUGAGGUUACAAAGUUGGGAUUGCUGUUUGUUGAGAAUUUCAAGAAAUAUGAGGACAAGGCCACUGCGGAGGUGAUAAAAGCUGGUAAGUUAGAUUCUUAUCAAAGGUAA